AUGAAGCCACAGGGGCAUCUGCUGGAGGAAGCCAUGCUCUCCAUGCUGCCAAGGGGCUUCGUACUGCCACAGGUAGCCCAAUGGCUUCAGCGGCAACACGCGCUUGGAGCAGGAUUGCUGGAUCCGCUGGGGCAGGAUGCCUCCUCCCCGUCGUCCAGCGCAAAUCUGCUAGUCGUAGAAGAACGAGCAAAUGCGGAAUGCGUCGUUUGUGGCGACAAAUCGAGCGGCAAGCACUACGGACAAAAUUCGUGCGAGGGGUGCAAGUCGUUUUUUAAGCGAUCGAUCCGUCGAUCGCUCUCCUACACCUGUCGAGGACAAAAGAAUUGCCCCGUUGAUAUCAACCACCGGAAUCAGUGUCAGUACUGUAGACUGCGGAAGUGUUUGAGGAUGGGCAUGCGGAAAGAAGAGCGUCUCUCCCUCCUGGCUUCUGUACAGCGUCCCCGACUACCGUACCCGAACCCACCACCCUUCCCCUUCCUACCGUUCCCGAACUUUGGCAAUUUCCCAAAUUUCCCACAUUUCUUGCCAUUGCUGGGCCCUGGUCCACUAUUGGCCCCCAAUCUGACGACGCCAGAGAACUUGAAGAGCUCUCCGGAAGAGAUCAUCCCGAAAUCAACCGAUCAAAAUGUUGAACAACUCUUUGAGCGUCUACUUGAUGUGGAGGAAAAUCUGCCGAUCGAGCCGAAUUUUCCCAAAUUCUUGCUAGCCUGGGCACGGGAGCUCAAGCAGUUUGGAGAGCUGUCCUUACAGGAUCAGAAAGCGCUGCUACUGCAUAAUUACACGUCGCUGGCACUGAUUUUCGAUGAAGAGGCCGGAAAUGAGGUCAUCUCCACCCGCUUGAAGCAGAUGGAGCUCAACAAAAUUGAGCGAGUCCUGCUGAAGGGGAUUUUGUUGUUCACUUCCGAAGGCGUCGAACUGGAGGCAAAACCGGCGAUAAGAAAGCUGCCAGAAGCCUUGGUGCACGUCUUGGCAGACAAGUUGAAAGAUAGAAAGGACGGUCGUCUCGCUAAAAUCCUCCUCUUCCUCCCCUCCCUCCUGAAUCUAGAAAUUUCGGAAAGCGGAAGAUCCGGAAUCGAAGCCCUCUUUCAAACGUUGGGAUUCAUGGCCGGAAUUCACUUGGGGGUGAUUAUCGCCGUCAUGUUUCUGAUUCGACAUCAAGCGAUUAUGCCGGAAGUACACCCGUUGAAGCUGGCCCCACGCAUAAACUACACUUUCUAUGCCGUGAUCCAAGUGCUUCCCUAUCUUCACAUUGGCCUCUUUUUCUUUGAAGUCUUCACCAAUGACGAUCAACCGUCGGCUAAGAAAUAUUAUAAAGAGAAAUACCCGUUCUUACGUCGUUUCAUCGACGUGGACACUUUUUACGUGUUUUCACCGGAAGUCGGCACCCUGGUGGUGGCAAAUAUCUCGAUAUGGAUCGCGUUUUUUAUUGUUGCUGUUUUUGGAGCGUGCGGCUCGAGUUUCCACGUGCUGACACGACGGAAAACGAUGAUGAGCGCGCGGACGUACAAAUUACAGCAGCAGUGGAUUAGCAAAUUCCUCUUCGAGCCCCGUACCUUCGUCGGACUGGAAGCGGCGACGAUAGUAUUCCGACGUAGUCAGGACGCUACACGUCAUCACUUCAAUCAACAAUUUUCACAAACCAAUCAGAAUAUCAUAGGAGGCCCC